AUGCAGGACAACGACUUGAUGGCUUCACAAGACAACGAUUUACCGGUUGGCUAUAGCCACGUUCGACGCCGGAAUAUCGAUAAAAAUGCUCCACCACUUAUUCGUUUUUUAAGGCGACAAGAAAGAGAAUCCUUGUAUGGUAUGUGGACGUUAGUCUUGACGUAUAUUUGCUAUACUAACUAUCACAUCACUAGAAAGGUGAUAUCUGUUGUUAAGAGUUCUCUAUUUACGGCAAAUUGUACCCUUGAUCAUGGUCCAAUUCGCUCAAAUUUUCUCUCAGCUAUUGGCGCUGAAGGAAAUCAUACUAACAUCUCUCAUUUAUAUGUACCCUGCCCUGAUUGGAAACCAUUUGGUACAAGCGACGGAAGUCAACUGCUUGGUGUAUUAGAUCUGCUCUUUCUACUCUUUUAUGCUUUUGGUGGUAUUGUCAGGCAAGUCAAAUACGUAUAG